GAUGACUGGCUGGCGGAGACGUCAGUCCGCCUUGUUCCAUGCGGGGCGGCCUGGAGGGAAUUCUGAGUCUCCUGAGCUACGGCGGCGGCGGCGGAAGUGACCGGAGUAGUCCCGGCCCUGUCCCCGCCCCAGCGCGGCCGGCACCAUGCUGCCCUUAUCGUUAUUGAAGACAGCCCAGAAUCACCCCAUGUUGGUAGAACUAAAAAAUGGUGAAACCUACAAUGGGCACCUUGUGAGCUGUGAUAACUGGAUGAACAUCAAUUUGAGAGAGGUCAUCUGCACAUCUAGGGAUGGUGACAAGUUCUGGCGCAUGCCUGAGUGUUAUAUCCGAGGCAGCACCAUCAAAUACUUGCGGAUUCCUGAUGAGAUUAUUGACAUGGUAAAAGAAGAGGUAGUGUCCAAGGGCAGGGGCCGGGGUGGCGUGCAGCAGCAGAAGCAGCAGAAGGGGCGUGGUGCAGGCGGAGCUGGCCGAGGUGUGUUUGGAGGUCGAGGCCGAGGCGGGAUUCCCGGCAGUGGAAGAGGACAGCAGGAGAAAAAGCCGGGCCGGCAGGCUGGGAAGCAGUAAAGGCGUGGCAGUGGCCAGGCCUGGCCAGAGACUUUGACAGGAAGACCCCUUGGCCACUGCCUUGUACUUGGCCUCGUGAUUUGUGUCCUGUUUCUAGUUUUCAGUUAAUGAAUCUGUUUUUAAAAAAAGAAAGUUGGGGGCUGGGCAGGAGUUGGGGAAGAAUCCCAUGAAUCAUGUCUUUUGUAAUCCUUUGAAAUCCUCUUCUGCAGGUAAAGUUAGAGCGAUCAUUGCCUCAAUUGUUUUAGCCACUCUUCCAGAGUUAGGUACAUGGGGGGCUUUUCUGGUUUUUGACAUCCUUGGUUCCCAGGGACUUGAUUCCUAGCAAAAGUUCAGUACUGUUUCGUUUGACAAAUUUUGAGUCCUUUUUUUAAGUGCAGCCAGACAUAGUGGUCUUUGUUCCUGUUUUAAGAGUAUUUUAGGCAUUUCCAGAGGGGUGUUCUUGUGCUGCCUGUCUGUCUUUUGAUGUUUGCUUUAAGAUUAGGGCAUUUCUGACACAUGGCAGGUUUUUUCCUUCAAAGUUAAAAGCCCUGAAACUGUCAGGGAGGUGUUUCCUUUAAAUCUGUUCCCCAACCUUGCAGCUGCUGCUUCUUUUUUUUUUUUUUUAAACUAAAAAUAGAGGUUGGAACUUGUUUCAGAGAAUAAUUAUUGGAGUUGUUUUCCCGUUCUUCUCCCAGCAUUUGUUUUGGGGAAACCACUUUAGUUUGUGUGACUGAAAUAAAAAUAAUACAACCAUAAGCUGAAAAUUAAUAAUUCCUUUCUACAUGCUCAACAGAUGAGCGUGGGAUUUCUUCAUUCUCAGGCUGCCAUGGAGCAUAUUUCUACUUUUGCUCCUCAGGAAACCCCACUCCCUAGAAAGAUGGCUUUGGGGGUUUGAAGUGAGACGUGCACUGAAGUUUUCUUUGUGGCACCACACCUCUUCCUCUGGCAAACCUGCUUUCCCCUGCUUCUUUGACAUAUGUGCCCCCUUUCUGAAGUUAAACUACAGAAUACAGAAACACCUUUUAAAACUCAGGAUUCUAGGGGUAGAAAAAUGUAUGUCUUUAUAUUUCAAUGGUUUGAAAUUCUAACCUCAUCGUGCACAUUUGUUGGGGGGGAGGGGGGCGGAUUCUCACCUUCCCUUCUCCCUCCUUUCCACUUCUGCAAGGACAUUUAUUGUAUCGAGAUUGUGACCAGGAUUCUGCUUUGAAAUGAUUCUCUGAAAUGUGUUCGGAGAACCUCUGGAGACAUUUGAAACAUGGGCAGACUUGAGCCUUUUGGAUGUAGCAGGGGCAUUUGUACCGUUUAUAUUUGCUAUCCUGCAUCUCUUACAGUUGCUGUUUCCUAUUUUGGGAAAACCUCAAACUGAAGCUGUGUAAGCAUGCAUCAAGAAAUACUUGAAAAAAAGAUUUUCAUUGACUUUUUCACACUCCUUAAGAAAUAAGAAACCGAUUUCCUCUAGAAACAAGCGAUUGUCUAUUUUGUCUCAAUAAUUUAUCUUCGAAAACAGAGCCAGAAGCAUAGGUUAACAAGGUUUUAUAUAUGCAUAUUUUCUCAAUGAUGACUUGGUUGAAUCCAUCCUGAACAGUGAUUGGAAUAAAUGCAAUGUUAACCUA